GUCGAGGGUUAAUACGACUGACGCUCUGCAGAAAUGGCCGGGAUUAAAGGAAAACUUGUCUGAGUCUGAGGGUUGUCGCCUUGGUCUUUUCCAGUUAUUUGUGUAUUUUUACUGCUACGUCUCUGUCAUGCAUGAUGAAUCAAGUGAUCCGUCACAUGUGAUUGCUCGCUUAGUACGAGUUAGGCUCCCCGCUUUAGCGAGUGAACAUUUGGGAAACAAUGUAAACUGUGUUAUUCCCUCGAGGUGUGAGCUCAUUAUGCGUGUGCAUGCCCAUAAGGCUUCGCGUUUGUAAUGUUUCCACUUACUUGGUAUAUUUCCCAAAUAUCUUUCUUUGGUAUUACAUUUUCCGCCGCUUUUUCAGUUUUUGUUGAGGAUAUUAUGUGGCAUAUCUCUGUGCUUGUACCAUACGUGCAUUAGCUCCGCCAAUCAAGUACCACUAUAAAUGAUUGAAGCACUUAAACUUCAGCUACCUUUAUAAAUCUAUAUGACAUCAAAAUUUUAUGUUAAGUAUGUAUGGUUUUAAAUGAAGUAUUUUAAAAUGGCUAUUUUCACUGCUUUCAUAUUGAAUCACAUUAACACCUCUUUAAAAUGUUAUAUUUGUGAUGAUUUUUUGCACUGAACUGGACUCUCCACUGGAAAUAUGUUGCCCGUUCCCUGUUUCUUGGUAGCUCUCAUCAGCCUGUCCUUUGGAGGAGCCAUUGGACUGAUGUUCCUCAUGUUGGGAUGUGCACUUCCAGAGUAUAAUAAGUACUGGCCCUUGUUUGUCCUCUUUUUCUACAUCCUGUCUCCUAUCCCAUACUGCAUCUCACGGAGGGUUGUGGAUGACAUGGAUGCAGCCAGCAGCGCUUGCAAAGAGCUGGCCAUUUUCCUCACGACAGGAAUAGUGGUUUCUGCCUUUGGCCUGCCAAUUAUUUUUGCAAGAUCUACAGUGAUUGAGUGGGGCGCGUGUGCGCUGGUGUUAACAGGAAACACCAUCAUCUACGUAACGAUUCUGGGCUUCUUCCUGGUCUUUGGGUCCAAUGACGAGUUCAGCUGGCAGCAAUGGUAAAAGUUACAUGCGGAGCAGAAACCUCGCAAGUUUGGAAUAUGUACUUUUUGUAAAGAUUAUUAUUUUUGUUAUCAAAUUAACCAGCCAUCCGUAAUGCACAGAAGAUCCGUGCAAUAACCUGCAUCUGCUUAAAUGUCACUCAGAAUCCCCAAAAAAGAUUCUUAUCUCUGACAGCUGUGUGUUUUGGGGAUAUUUAAAUUUCUGUGUUUUACACGUGAUGAACAUAAAGAGAAAUUCAGGUUCACAAGUCGCAAAUGUUUGUCUGGCUAGUGCCUCAGGACGGCAGUACACUUUAUGCCUAUUAACUUAUUACUAAGUUGAAGAGCUUUAUAUUUGAAGGCAGGUAAUGACAGUAAUCCAGAUGUGUGGUAUUCUGUGUAAAUGGCCCUCCCUUUUCUGUGAGGAAGGUGCUCGAACGCUUCAAUUAAAGCAACAAAAAGGCUAAAUAUGGAUUUUAUUUGAAGUGCUGUUUUCUUUUCCAUAUGUUUAUUGUCCUGGGGAUCUGCAGUAUUAUGCAAUAGAUGUGGAAGGUCUAAUGAUAAUGUUUUAUCCAUGCAUGUUAUUCUGUAAACUGCAGAUUUGUUGAGGGUGGGGAUAUUGGUCAAUUAAUAUUUUAAAAUAUUCAGUGUGAUUUAUGAUGUGUGUACUUGGAAGGAAAAUGAAGUAUAGAGGUCACUUUUGUAUGCGGUUAAUACUGAUAAAAUGCAUUCCGGUCUUCUGUGAAAGUCUUGUUUAAUCACUUUAUACACCCACAUUAAAUCCAUUUCUCAGAAAAGCAGUGAUGCCAGGUGAUGUACAACAUAAAAUUGCACAGCACUUGAGCUUAAUUGUUGUCAUAUUAUUAUUAUUAUUUAUUAUUAUUAUUAUUAUUAUUAUUAUUAUUAUUAUUAUUAUUAUUAUUAUUAUUAUUAUUUCUGACAAGGUUGGGUAUGUAGCACUGGUUCAAGACUGCUAAGCCUACUGAGCUCCAGGACUGGAAACAUUUGAGUCAUGCCCUCUUCCGGCCUGUGGCAUGUUUCAUGAAGCAGGAUUUCUUGCUUAGCCAAAUAGCUUGUUAGAUUUAAGGUAGUCUUUGCUAAAUGGACUGUACAUUUGUUCACAUACAACUAGCCCAGGCUGCCUUAAAUCCGAAAAGUUAUAUGGCUAAGAAAGGAAUCCUGCCUUGUGAAACAGGCUCCUGAAUAAUAGAUAAUACUUGAUUUGCAUCUUGUAAAAUUCUUUCAAUGUUUUCAAGUUCUGGUGGUUGUUCUGUGAGUUCUGAUGUUAGGAUGUGUUAGAAAGUUAAUCGUUGAAAUGCUUAGAAUGUAUUUAAAAGCACUGACAUGAAUCUUGCAACCAUUUUCUUUUUUAACUUAUCUGUGUUGAAUUGUAUUUGUCUGUCCAUAGAUUAUUUGUAUUAAAUCCUACCAGAUGAUGCAGUUUGCAUCAUGUUAGUUUUAUGUUGUCUCAUUCCUGAUGACCAUUAUGCUUUUACUAUAAAUAUGUUAUAAAUAUUUUGCUUAAGAUUCAAAAAGACUUUGGACUUGUAUUGUAACAAAUAAACAUCAAACAAAUUUUACCACUGUAAACAAAA